UUCCCCGUCACGUCGUCAGAGGCAUUCGUGGAGGGAAAUAAAUGCGAAAUGGAAAAAGGUAAAGCCUCUGCUCUGCAAUGGAAACUAGAAUGGAAGAAGACGACUCCGCAUCCGAACUAUUGAGGGACAGGUUCCGGCUCUCCACCAUUUCUAUUGCUGAAGCUGAAGCGAAUAAAAGCGGCAUGGAAAUUUCUGAACCCGUGAUGACUUGUGUUGCGGAUUUAGCAUUCAAAUUUACAACAGAACAGUUGGCGAAGGACCUUGAGUUAUUUGCUCAACAUGCUGGUCGGAAAUCGGUAAAUACAGAAGAUGUAAUACUAACAGCCCAUAGAAACGAGCAUUUAGCUGCCAUAUUAACAUCCAUCUGCAAUGAUCUAAAGGCAAAAGAGCCUCAAAGUGAAAGAAAGCGUAAAAAGGCACCAAAAAAGGAUGAUAGAGAUAGAGGUGCCGUGCAUAUUGCUGAAGCCUAAUCACAUCUCCCAUCUGGCAGAUCUCUAGUUAACAAGUGUGCGUACCAACAAGCAAGCGCAAUAGCUUGUGAUAUUUUUCCGUUUCUUGGUUAUACUAAUUGGUAAAACCAUUUUCGCAUGAUAUGGGCGUAUAGAGUUCUUCUGAUUCAAAGUAUAAGCUUCGGUAUCAUGCAAUCCAUUGAAGUGGCCCAAGUGUAGAAACAUGUAUUUUGGUUUUGCUUUAGGCAUUUGAUAUUGUCAAAAAGCGUGAGGUUUAAUGUUUGUUAGUAGUUUUCGUUGCAAACAGGAAAUUGCUCUUUGUACAUCGACAGAACAGUUUUAUAGUUAAGACUGGUAAGUGCUCAAUAGUUUGAUAUUAUGAAGUCAUAAA